GGCUUUAUCCAAUCAUGUAUUUGAUUUCCGGUGCUGAGAAGCUUUAUUAAUCAGAGACUGCUCUAGAAUUCUUUGAAAAUGUCUCUCUCCUCUCUCUCUCUAACGGUAACGUUCUCUGAGCCAAUCAACGGCUCCUUUUCCGUCCCCUUUGCUGGGACUGCUCCAGCUCUUGCAGAGACCCUUCUGGUGAACAAUUCACCCAUCAAUCUCCCUCUCCAUCCUGCUGUUUCACAUAAAGAUGACAAUAGAACCAUAAGUCCAGGGGCAGAGAAGAUUCCCACAGUGAUCAGACUUAAAGUUAAAGCAAGAAAAGAUGGUAAAAAGAAGAGGGAGGUUUGGAAACCUCCAGAUGACGGCAAUAAAGGCUCUCUCAGCCACCACAGAGAAAGGAGAAGUAAGGGGAGAAAGGCAACAUCAACUACAAAAUCUCUGUUCUGUAACAACGCCAUCUACCUCGAGCAAAAUGGAGGCAACAUUGAGCCAAGAGCCGCGUUACUGGCAGUGGGAAAACAGGGGAAAGCUAGGCAUAGUCUGCAGAAGAAUAAUGAAGGGUCUGAUGAGAAAGACAACUACCACAUUCAAGAGGGAAGAGAGGCGAACAUCAGGGGAAAAAGCUUUAAAGGAAGGUGGAAAAGGGGAAGAGAAGGUUGUGCUCAUAACUCUCAAACCACUGCCACUUCUUUCUGGUUCCUGCUUUUAUCAAAACAUAACCUUCGGGAAGGAAAACACCCUGUUUCUCAAACCAAACCUCUGUGCAUACCAAUGGAAUCCAUCAAUAUCGAAGCUACCAGCAACCAGAGGAGGGGGAGCAUGAUCCCGACGUCUUCCAGGGGCAGAGGAGGGCGCCUUGUUCUGUCCUCGACGGGUGGAAGAGGGAUGUCCAUGCUGCUGGGGAAGAUGCUGUCAGAAAACAGGGUAGCGAUGGCAAAGGCAGCAGGAGCGGCUCGAUACGCUUGGGGUUGCUACGGAGAGGUGAACAUCCAGCCAACCGAAACCCAGAAUCUGUUCUUGUUUACCUUCAAUAGUGAGGAAAUCAGGGACAGGAUUUGGAGGGACAGACCUUGGAGCUUGUCCAACACAUUGACGGCGAUUGAGAAAUAUAAUGGAAGGGGGAAGCCUGAAGAUGUCCCGAUUGAGAAGAUGUCUAUGUGGGUUCAGAUCCAUGGUUUGCACCAAAACCAAAGGAGCGAGGAGAAUAUGGUGGCAAUUGGGUCAAGCUACUUCCUAGAGCUGCUGGAUAUUGACAGAGCAAGCUUGGAGUAUUCUGGGUACAGGAGGUUUCUUCGCGUUUUAGUUGAAGUGGAUAUCAGGGAACCCAUCCCAACAGGCUUCGAUUUCCCGUUUCUUGAUGAAAACUCAGGGUUGGAGCAUUGCGAGGUAAUUGAUUUCAAAUACGAGAGAUUGGUAGAGCUAUGCUAUUUCUGUGGCAGAAUUGGGCAUAACUGGCCAACAUGUAGAAGAAUGAAUGAGGAGAGGAAGAGAAGUGGAGUGGCAUACCUGUCAGAAGUUUACAAUGCUUCUCUAAAGGCGGGAGUGGACUCGCCCCAUAGAAGAGCUGAGCAGCAAGCGAGGAACAGGGGAGAAGGAAGAAUGAUGCAGAGGUGGAGCGAAGCAGCGGAGGGCGAUUCGGCGGCGUCGAUGGGGGGAACAGCGGGGGGGAUUCCACUUAUUCCACCUGGGUUCACGGUGCAAAGAAGGGGAGAAGGGCAAAUUGAAAGAGAGGAGCAAGGGAUGGUGGGAAGACUAAGGGGGAGAUACAGGGAAGGGAUGGGAGCAAGAGAUAUCUCCAUUGAUUUGGAGAGGGCAGCGGAAGAAUUGGAAUGGGGGCUGGUGUUGGAAGAAGGCGGCGGAAAUCUGGGCGGCGGAAAUUUGGGCGACGGGGGAGAGGUCAGGAACGACGGGCUGGAAGGGGGGGGUCAAACAAGGGGAGUCGGGCUGGGCUCGGGCGGUCAGGAGAGGGAUGUACAAACAACACUCUCUCUUGGGCCUGUGAUCCAGGAAAUUAAUAACCAGGCCCAGGGAAAUAUUAAUCUUGAUGGAGUGGGCUUGUAUCAGCAUGCUGAGGAAGAGCUGGAGGGAGAAGCGGGCCGGGCCAAAAAGAAAAGGAAAGGGACUAGCAGGCCUGAGUCAGCAGACUCUUUUAUCUCGGAUGGGGCGAUUUAUAUGGGAGGGCAAGAAGGAGAGACCAGAAAAAAGAAAGGCCAAAAAGGAAAGAAGAUUAUACAAAGGGGGAGAAGAUCAGAGGAAGUGGAGGAGAAUCUGGAAGAUGGAGCAAGGGCAGCGGUGGUUCGCCAUAAGCCACCUCAGCCAAAAUGAGUAUUGUAAGUUGGAACUGUAGGGGGUUUGGCCCGCCCCUUACAAGAAGUUAUGCAAAACGUCUCUGUAGACGUUUAGGCCCUUCUAUUGUUUUUCUAAUGGAAACUAGCAAGAACGAGGUUUUCAUGGAAGAGCAAAGAAGAAGUCUCAAAAUUUUCCCCAAUAGAGAGUAUGUGGAACC